GGGUCUGGCAACAGUCGGUGAUCGAACUUUUAAUCAUGGAACUCUAAAUGUACUCGCGUUGAGUUUCGGAUGAAGUUACAGAAAUAUAGAGCUAUCAAUUGUAUCUUGUAACUGGGCAGACGAGAGUUGUGUUCGGACGUUACGAAACUAAUCGUGGGCGACCGUAUUGUGUUGUGGUUGUGAACUGUGUGAUUGAGCUCCGCGUCUCUUGCGACAAGCGAAGUGUGGUGUUAAAAAAGCCAUUAAUUACUGCCUGCUGGAAACAGUUUUUUUUUUACCAACCACGUAACACCAGUUCCGUAAGUAUGGCAGACGAAAACACAGAGAACACCAGAACAAGCACAUCAGCGCCUAGAGGGUUCAUGGAAGUUAUGAAUCAUGCCAUCAUCAACAAGAUCGACAGCUUGCUGUGGCUCACACGUAUGUGCACCGUGGUGUUCACGAUACUGUACCUUCUGCCGCUGUUCAGUGCCAACCCAUGGACGUGCUACCAGAGGGCGCUGAUUAGCAACGCAGCGACGAGCGCCCUGCGGCUCCACCAGCGAAUGCCCAGCAUCCAGUUGACUAGGCUUUUCCUGGGGCAACUCCUCACAGAAGACAGUUGCCAUUACCUUUUCUACUCUCUCAUCUUCCUGUUUGCACAGCCAAUGACGCUGGUUCUGUUGCCUGUAUUCCUGUUUGCACUUUUACAUUCUGCGAGUUUCUCGCUGGUCCUGCUCGACAAGUUUGGCGGCAAUUCAAGGUCCAUGGGAUCCUGGUUGGUGUCGCUGCUGGAGAGCCAGAGUCGGAACAUCCUGCGUCUCGUGGCAUUCACGGAGAUCUUUGCCAUGCCGUUGACGAUAUUCAGUGCACUCACUGGACGAUGCAGCCUGGUGACUCCGUUUGUGUAUUAUCGUUUCCUCAGCCUGCGUUAUGCAUCUCGGAGGAAUCCAUACUCGAGGACAGUGUUCCGCGAACUACGCCUCGUGGCGGAGCACUAUGCCACCCGUCCAGCGUGCCCAGGGUUUGUGCGCCAGUCCCUCCUGCGUGCCAUCAACCUCUUAUCUCAGCUGGCACCCCCCGUGCCCCAGUAAAUGCACACGUGCUUUUUUUUGUGACUCCCAGAGUUAUUUAUUUGGGCCCACGGCACGAAUUCAGCACAUCUGCAACAAGAGAAAAUAAAGGGCCUUUGUUUUGUACAUGCAGCCGAGAGCAACCGUUGUUGCCUACCUGGGCGAACUUGGCCACCUCGUCGACUGUCCAGUCGCGGCCGCCCUGGCUGUCGGCCUGGUCGUCGACGCAGUCGUAGACGCGGUCCAUUUUCUGGGGGUUGUGGUAGUGGAGCAUGCAACGUGGUUAUUUUUGGGAUAAUGGUUCUCAACACAAAGGCCCGUAGGAGGCAAAAGCAGACCACGGGUGAAAGCAGACGUGUGGUCUGGUUUUGCCUCCCCUGAUGUGUUGCGUUCUUGCAUCAUGCGUAUACAACGGGUAGUUGCCGUGACUACAAUCUUAAAACGGAGCUUUCCCACACAGCAAGUUCCUAGCCAACCGUCAUCCCGAACAAUAUCGUCUCCCCCGAUUUGUUGAAAACGGGAGGCGUACACCUUUUGCGACACUGAUGCUGUUACGUUAAUUUUU